UUCACAACAUCCAAGAUGGCGGCCACCCUCGUUUCGUACGGGAGCGAUUCAGAUUCAGAUAAUGAGACAAACAUCUGAUGUUAAUCCCGAAAAAAUUGACCCUGAUGCUUUGGCACAUCUUCAACCGUUGAAAUAUGGCCAAACAAUGUCUUUGGCUGUCCUCAAUUCAGCUCCUGAGGUCGCCGUAAAGGUACGCGAGCUGGCCAGGCAGAUUAGCCGGUUGCUAAUUUAGCUAGCUUGUCACAUAGAAAAAAACUCUGAAUGUAACGUUCACUUAAUACUACUUAGCUAGCUACACUAGAUGGAUCGUGAAAGUAAAGAAGCUAACGUUAGUCGAUAAUAAUUUGAUGCUAACGCGUAACACUGAGUAGCAACUGUGAGUCAAAAGGGUUCGUUAACGUUAGCUGGUCAGGCGGGAAAUGUUUGUUAACUGUCUGUCUUUAGCUUGCUAGCUAGAUAGCUAACAUGCUGUUCUGAACGAUACAUUGAAGAACGUUGUGAUUAUGGUGGCUUAGAGGAUGAUACUUUGAGCUGCACGAGUUUUGCGAUUUCAAAUGUCACCCAUAUUGAUCAGCCAACACCCUGUCAAACGCAUCUCAAUUCAAAUACUGUUUAAGAAUGGUGUGCAAGGUUUGUGGGUAACGUGUUGUUCAGUACAAACGUUUUGUACUGAACGUGACGGUUUUGUUGUCACGCAAGGUAACAAAACGUUUAAUGAACUGAACGCAACACAGGAUAGGUGUGGGACAGCUAACUUCAAGCCCCUUUAACUUAAGUGUCUUCAUAGUUUGAUGACUGAUCAGAAUGAUUAGCAGUAUAAAACCAGUCAUGUUUCUUCACUCCAACAGGAGGCUGUGGAGACUGGCAUACAUCUGGACCCUUCUCUCAAGGAGGUCAACUACAACCCCACAUAUGAAACCAUGUUUGCGCCAGAGGUAACAUUUUUGUUAAUUUUUUACACAAGUAAACUGCUGUACAUCAUUCUGACUGUACCUACCUAACAUGUUCAUCAUUAUCAUAUUCACUUUGCACCCCUUCUAGUUUGGUCCCGUCAACCCAUAUAAAAGUCAACAGAUGGCUGCGCCCAGGAAUAUGCUGUCUGGCUAUGCAGAGCCUGCUCACAUCAACAACUUUAUGUUUGAACAGCAGAGGAGGACCUUCUCCACCUUUGGUAAAUAUACCUUAUUCACACCACAGUCAUUGUCUAUGAUAGAAUGUUUAGCUGUGAAGAGGUCAACCUUCCUUUCACCUUGAAUCGAAAGGUUUAGGGGAAUGUAGCAUCUUAGUUCUUUUAUUCACUUGUUAUAUGCUUUUGCUUUCAGGAUAUGCUCUGGAUCCGUCUGUGGAUACAAGCCAAAAUUCCUCCAAUAGCUACAUCGGUGCAGUAGACGAGGCAGAGAAAAAGAAAGGUAAUCCUUUGUAAUUUCCUGCUCUUUAUGUUUUUGCUUGUGAUGGGUACCCUGUGAGUGACAUCAUCCUAUGUCAUACUUCCGGCGUCAUGUCCCGACUCUUUUCAAUGGGCUUCAAGAAUAUAUAAUAAAAUUCAUGAAAACGUGGUCAUUUUAAGAUAUAUAUAUUAAAUUAUAUUUGUAUUCGUGUAUUGAUUCAAUCAUACCCGAUGCCUGUUAUCAAAAUAUUUGACACAGUAAGACAACGCCGGAAGUUAGAAAAGUCUAAUUUGAACCGCAUCUCCUGCUGCUUUGAUAGCAUGCAGCAUGCCGGAGCGUGCCUGCUUGAGCUGAGGACUUACAGGAUGGUAAGAACCUGUUAGUUACUGUCCGUUUUAUGUUUAUAUUAUAUUACACUCGUUUUUUUUUUACUGAAUGUUGCCAGCCAGCUUCUUCUUGGCCGUCAAAUACGUUGAAACACGGCACUCGGAAACAAGUAUGCAAUUUAAUAUACAGUAUAUCUUAAAUAGACGUGUUAUCAUGACUUUGAUGAUGCAAAUUUGAGGCUCAUUCUUAGCCUACAAAACAAGGAAUACAGAAGUAAAAUUGACGCGUCACUUGCACAUUGUGUGAAUUGCUAGCCGGUAAGGGAUGUUUUGAAGCGCAAUGGAAAGCCGUUGAAAUGUGUAGCGUAGUCAUGGUUCUCUGUAAAAGUCAAUGAAAGAACGAGCACAAAGUUACAUUUUCUCUUGUGUUUCUCCUCUCGUAGGAUUGACUGUGUUCGAGGUUGGCCCAAAGCAGACUGACAAGAGGAAAAAGGUGCAAGGAGGUGGAGCGGAUGACCUUGACAACUACCUCGGGCCCUGGGCGAAAUACGUGGACGAAAAGGACAGCGCCAAACCAUCAGAGGUAAUCAAUCAAAAAAUAUUAUGUGAAGCUCAAACAAAAUGUGGAUGCUUGUAUUAUACAGCAGGAGUGUGAUUAUUUGGACUUAACUGAUUUUCCUCAUAGAGAAAUAUGGUCUGAUUCUGACCGAUUUGUUGUCUGCUGAUUGGUCUCUAGGAGGAACAGAAGGAGCUGGAUGAGAUCACAGCCAAGAGGCAGAAGAAGGGAAGGAACGAGGAAGAGGCUCCGGCAGAGGAGAAGACCAUUCUCCAUGGUAACUAACACGCUCGUCUCCGCCAUUACUACUUACAUAACUGAACUGAUCAGCACUCACUCAAAUGAAAAGAGAAUGAGAUGUAGACCUGUAUGUAGACAGUUCUCAGGGUCUUACUGUUUAUCUACUCUGCGUCUCCAGUCAAAGACGCGUACGACUACCAGGGGAGGUCAUACCUCCACGUACCCCAAGAUGUGGGCAUCAACCUGCGUACUGCAGACAUCCCAGACAAGUGUUACCUGCCCAAGAAACAGAUCCACGUCUGGUCUGGACACACCAAGGUGAGGUGUGUGUGUGUGUGUGUUAGCUUGGGCGGCAUACCGUAUAUACUGUGUACCGGGGUAUUUUGAAAUACACAAAUCGGUCAUUACAGUGUCCGUCAUAUUUACAGAGAAGGGGAAUGUGAGCGUAAGAGCGAGAGAGAAAGAAAGUACUUGUGCAGCAGAAGGAGUGUUGUGGAGAUGUGAUCAGGCCUUUGGUUCUGCCUGUAUGCAGUAGCGUGAGCGAGGGGAGGACCGACUCUCCCGAGUGGCGCAGUGGUCUAAGGCACUGCAUCGCAGUGCUAGCUGUGCCACUAGAGAUCCUGGUUCGAAUCCAGGCUCUGCUGUAGCCGGCCGCAACCGGGAGACCAAUGGGGCGGCGCACAAUUGGCCCAGCGUCGUCCAGGGUAGGGGAGGGAAUGGCCGGCAGGGAGGUAGCUCAGUUGGUAGAGCAUGGCGUUUGCAACGCCAGGGUUGUGGGUUCGAUUCCCACGGGGGGCCAGUAUGAAAAUAAAAAAGAAUAAUGUAUGCACUAACUGUAAGUCGCUCUGGAUAAGAGCGUCUGCUAAAUGACGUAAAAUGUAAAAAAUGUAAAAUGAGCAAGGCUUCCAACUCACUCACACAGGAGCCAGUUGCAGACCGAAAAGCAAGAGGGGUGAAUACAAAUGCAGCAUGCUUGUGGAUGGAGGGAUAGAGGAUGGAUAGAUGAGAGGAGAGAAUGGUAGAUGGUUUAAUAACGAGUUUAGACACAUUUUCCGGUAACGCCAUUGUGAUUUGAGUAAAAUAUCCUGCAUGGCAGAUGCCGUGAGCAACAUGCCUUGGCACAAAUCAGUGUGCAGCAAGGCAUGCAUGCCUGAUCUCUGCCUCUCUAGCAGGAUGUCCUCUCUUUCUGCUGCGCUGCUAGCUAUAGGGCAGGCUAAAGGGCCCUACGCAACAGAGUGUCGUAUACAGUCCAUUCCAAAAAUGUAACCGCACAAAAGUAUGUAGAACACGACGCUGCGUUUGCGUAAAGUGUGCAGUGUCCUUUAGUCUAAUCACAUACACACACACUGAACUGUCCAUGAGUAGGAGAAUAGUGUUGUCCAAGACAAGUUGUUAGUGGGUAUUAUCACACGCACACACACGGGUUGGGGCGCCCUAAAGCUCGAGGGGGGCUUUAGCUAUAAGUUCACUAUCUAAGAUAUGGCAAUUACAUUCUCCAGCUAUGCCUUUGGUUUGCUAACUUGCUAGCUAAGUGGAUAACUUGCAAGAUCAAGCUUCUUGGUUACAGCAGAGACAAUCAAUCCCCUCCUGGAUCAAGAUGCUGCCUAAAUGUGUUUUGUGUGUAAAUCAUUAUUACAUUUUUUGCAACGUUCUACUAGCAAUUUGGCCCACUCUUCAGCAGCAAACUGCUCUAAUUCUUUAAUGUUUGAGAGGUGCCCUCCACCAACUCCAGUUUUCAGAUCUCACCAUAGGUUUUGGAUGUGAUUCAUAUCUGGGCUUUUCGCUGGCUGCUCCAGAAUAGUCCAACGUUUCUUCUUGAAUCAUACCCGAGUGCUUUUUGAUGUGUGUUUGGGGGUUGUUGUCCUGCUGGAAGACCCACAACCUUCAAUGGAGACCCAGUUUUUGGUCACUGGGUUGAGCAUUGGACUUCAAAAUACCACAUAAUCUGCAGAUUUCAUGAUGCCUUGGGCACUUUCAAGGCCCCCACUACCAGAGGCAGCAAAGCAUCCCCACAGCAUUAUCAAACCUCCUCAUGUUUGAUUGUCCUGUGUUCUUUUCAUUGAAUGCUUAAUUUGGUCGUUGGUUAACACAGCGCUGAUCUGUAUUGCCAAAGAGCGCUAAUUUUGUUUAAUUGGUCCACAGAACAUUUCCCCCCUAGGAUUUAGGCUUGUUUUGGUGGGUUACUGAGAAGUUCAAUCAGGCUUUUUUGUGUCUCCUUCAGCAGUGGGGUCUUCCUAUGUUUGCCAACGACCAAAUGCAAACAUUCAAAGAAAAUAACCCCCCCCCCCCCCACACACACACACACACACACACACACAAUCAAACAUGGGGGAGAUUCAAAAAUGCUGUGGGGUUGCUUUGCUGCCUCUGGUACUGGGGGCCUUGUACGUGCGCAAGACAUCCAUGAAAUCAGCAGAUUAUCAACGUGUUUUGGAGUUCAAUGUUCAACCCAGUGUCCAAAAACGGUCUCUUUGUUGAAGGUUGUAGGUCUUCCAUCAGUACAACAACCCCCAACCACACACCAAAGCACCCUGGAAUGGUUCAAGAAUAAACUGUGGACUUUUCUGGAGUGGCCAGGGAAUAGUCCAGAUCUUAAUCCCAUCCAUAACCUAUGGCGAGAGCUGAAAACAGCAGUUGGUGGAGGGCACCCGUCAAACAUUGAAUAAUUAGAGUAGUUUACUGCCAAAUUGCCAGUAGAAAGGUGCAGCAAGCUCAUUGCUGGCUACAAGAAGCAUUUUUCGGGAGUUAUCUUGGCCAAAGGCUGUGCAACCAAGUACUAGCUCUGGGGUGCCAAUACAUUUGUCCAUGCCACUUGUCUUUAAUUUCUACAUUUUAAAUUGUAAACUUAAGUGUACAAAAAUCUAAUUCCAAAAACAAGGUGUGAAGACCAAAAGUCUUAUCAAUUUAUUUCAGAAGAAAUAGGGAAUUAUUUAAAAGUGCAAGGUUGCCAAUAUGUUUGGCCGCAAAUGUAUGUAAGAGGAAUUAUAGCAAUACCAUACACACACCUGCAAGCUCAGUGAUGGGCAGAUUAUUAUAAUAUGAAUCUAUUAUGUCCACACAUUUCACUCUCUCUCGCUCUCUGUCUGUCUGUCUGUCUGCAGGGGGUCAGUGCCAUCCGUCUGUUUCCUGUAUCAGGUCACCUGCUGCUCUCCUGCUCUAUGGACUGUAAGAUCAAGGUAAGGAACACUCUUGACUCGCUCGGACACCAUUAAGUCCUCACUGAGGUGGUGAUUAACCCCCUAAAUGUAAUUAUCUUAAUAAGAAAAUCCCCCCCAAAAUCUGUCAGUUUAAGCUAGAGAUAUGUUUUUUUUGCAUUGGAUGCGUUUCACUCCACUGCAUCCGCCUAUGUCGCACUUCUGUGGUGAAAGGUGUCCAAACGGUUUGGCCUGCAAAGACUAUUAUGACCCAUCUAUGGAAAGAUGAUACUCUCACGACCGUUUUGCUCUACGACCCCCACAAGCGUCUUGGGACUUGUCUGAUGUCGGUACAGCCGAUCUGUCAACUUCUGUCUGUAGUGUCCGAACAGUUUGGGCUACACACACUCCCCUCUGGGGAAAGGUGAGACUCUCACGAACACGUACAGUACCAGUCAAAAGUUCGGACACACCUACUCAUUCAAAGGUUUUUCUUUAUUUUUACUAUUUUCUACAUUGUAGAAUAAUAGUGAAGACAUCAAAACUAUGAAAUAACACAUGUAAUCAUGUAGUAACCAAAAAAGCGUUUAACAAAUCAAAAUAUAUUUUAUAUUUGAGAUUCUUCAAAUAGCCACCCUUUGCCUUGAUGACAGCUUUGCGCACUCUUGGCAUUCUCUCAACCAGCUUCAUGAGGUAGUCACCUGGAAUGCAUUUCAAUUAACAGGUGUGUCUUCUUAAAAGUUAACUUGUGGAAUUUCUUUCCUUCGUAAUGCGUUUGAGACAAUCCAGUUGUGUUGUGACAAGGUAGGGGGGUAUACAGAAGAUAGCCCUAUUUGGUCAAAUAGGGCUAUCUGACUCCUCACUGUGUGUGUCUGGUAGAACCAGGGGCCUACUGGUUUUAAUGCCUUUACUCUCUCAGAUGAGCCCUGUGCUGGUUUCUGAUGAGACCCUCAGUGGUUGCCAGUAGGACUGGUGCAUCACACUGACCCAUGCUGGUCAAACCAAGUCAAAGGGUCACGCAGUGCUUGUUUAAUAUUCUCUUCUCUCAUCCCUUUCCUCAGUUGUGGGAGGUUUAUAACGAGAGGAGGUGCGUACGGACCUUUAUCGGUAAGUGGACUAUCUCUGUUUACUGUUUCACACUCUGUGUUUCUGUUAUUCAUGUGUUGUGCUACAGGGAUUAUAAUGCCUCUUGGGUUAAGAGGGUAAGACCUCAGCUCAAACCACUAACUAGCCGAAGUGUUGUCAUCUCAAAGGGUAUAUACAAAACCAAAUGCAUUUCUUAGUCACUCAAGCACAUCACUUCAACAUUCAAUCUAUCCACCAGUACAAGUUAGUUGGAUUUCAAUCAAGCACACUCCUUUCCCUCGGCAGAUCUCAUUAGUGUUUCUAAUUCAAUGCGGAGUGAACGUGAUCUGAACAUUGGGAGAAUAAUGGAUGUAAGCUGGUUGUCAGAGCAUCGCGCUGGGCCACGGUCAGGGAGAGUGACAUCUCAUUAUCCUGUUUCCCACUAUUCUAGAACUCUGUUGCGGCGGAAUGUUAAUUCAGCAUUAAUACAACGUUAAUGGAAUGUGAGCUGACACUGUUGGGGGGGGGGGGGGGGGGGGGUGUAAGAUGUGGAGGAUAUUGGAGAUGGAGCGUUAAUUUAGCGCUAAGUGAAUGUUAAUAAAACGUAAGCUUUCCGCUGAGCAUUGAGGAUAGGUUUAGAGUAGACCGAGGGACGCAGCUGGGUAUUGCAUGCAGGUCACUACCCAUCCAUCCCUCCUGUGGACAGGCUGGGCUGUCGGAGAGUAGAUUGUUUUCCUUCAGCUGUGGUUCUGCCUGUCAGCUCCCUCAAACACCAUGUAUAAUUCAACAGCCCUGGGUGGAUAGAGGGGAGGAGAGGAGGAGAGAGGGGGAGGGGGUGUAUAGAAGGCAAGAAAGAGGGAUGGAGAGUGCGUGUGUUUUAGGAAUGGAGCUCCAGAGAGCAGUGGGGUUAUUUCAGAGUAGCAAGCGCGCUAACCAAAGUGGUAACGUGUGUGUGGUGAAGGUCUCUAGCUUGAGUGUGUUGUAUGUUUUGCCCUACCCUACAGUACAGCUGAAGCCAGUCUCUAAAGUGCAUGUGGGGUUAGGAGUCUGUGCCACUACAGGAAUGAGAUGUGGGAUAGGCCUGGUUAGAGCGUGGACAGACAGACUGCUAGCUUCGAAAUACCCUGUUAUUGCCAUGGUAGGCGCUCUUAACAAGAGGGUUGUCUGAGAGGAGAGAGACCAACGGGACCAGAUGUUACUUAACCUGACUCUAUAGACACGCAUACGCAUAAACACAAGGGAGGGAGAGUGUGAGAAAGAGGGAUAGAGGUAGGAAUGAGUGGAGACCAGGGGGAACAGAUGAGUUGAGGGAACGAGGGGUAUAGUAGAGGGAGAUUCUCACUCCAAGUCCCCUUUAUGCUUAAGCUUGUUUGUCUUUCUUGCCUUGAUACUCCCUCCCUCCUCCCUGUCUCUUCCCCUCUUCUCCCUCUCUCUUCCCCUCUUCUCUCUGCCCCUCAGCUCCACUUUGGCUUUGUCUCUUUCUCACCCUUCUUUCUCUGUCUGUGAUUUCAUAUUCCAACAAUGAAUGUGAUCUGAAAGGCAGUGGGAUCAGGGGCUAUAACAGGACAGGAGGAAUAUAUGCAUAUAAAAUGUUUUUUUCUGUCUCUCUCCCUCCAGGCCACAGUAAAGCGGUGCGGGAUAUUUGCUUCAACAACACUGGGACUCAGUACAUGAGUGCAGCCUACGACCGCUACCUCAAACUCUGGGACACUGAGACUGGUUGGUUCAGCCGUGGUCGUGGUGACCACGAUAUAAUUGCCACAGUUCCACCAUGUCUGGGGACUGUCAUUGAACGGAACAGUCGUGGCCGUGAUUUAGAAAUGCCACAAAUAGAGCCGUCACGAUGACUUUACUUGACAUAGUCAGAGAAGCAUAUCAGUUCUAUAUAACACAAUUCUAUGAGAAUGUUUCAUAAUGUUGUGCCCUACUGAAGGUGGCCAGCAUGGUUGAACAUUCAGAUAGAAGGAUGUUGUGUAGAUGUGGGUACUACAAGUGGGACCAGGGAGAGUCUCUGCUCUCCCAGCAGAGGGCAGUAGAGAGACUAAUCCUCCACUUGUUGCUCUGUAGGACCACUGACUUGUCAUAGCACCUUGUGUACGAGUCACCGAGCUGUAUGGUUAGGGGACAUUUCAUUUACAUUCAGUCAACUUGUAUUGAUUAAUUGAAAAUGACACAUUUUUCAUGAGGAUUCUUCCAUUCAUCAAUUGUAUUGAGGGUGUUGGCUUUGACAAUCGGAUUGGAUUGGCAGAAUGCCACACCGGCAAGUUAUGGCUGGCUGGCUGCUGGGGGUUGUUUCUGCACUAUUAUGAUGACAAUGUGUGUUGCAGACAGUCCGUGUGGGUUGUUCUCAAAUGUGUAAACUGUCCUUCCACAGGCCAGUGCAUCUCCCGCUUCACCAACAGAAAGGUGCCGUACUGCGUCAAGUUCAACCCAGAUGAGGACAAGCAGAAUCUGUUUGUGGCUGGCAUGUCUGAUAAGAAGAUUGUUCAGGUACUGUCAUGAAACACACGCUACCUGGGAGGGAGGGAGGGAGGGGAGGGGGGAGAGGGGAGGGGAGGGAGGGGGAGGGGGGAGGGAGGGAGGGAGAGAGAGAGGGGAGGGAGAAGGAGACCACAACACACUAGGCACAGUCCCCUCGCUGGAAAAGCAAUUAACAACUCUGUAAAUAGACAAUCUCUCUCUCCCUCUCUAUUUUUGAAUCAUUUUGUCACCUUAUUAAACUGUAAUAUUGGUGUGUUUGUCUAUGACAGGAGUGUGUUGUGUAAUUUCUUUCACAUUCACUUAGCUAAUCUACCGGUGUGUGUGUUUAACCUGUUUCAUUUUGUGUUAAUUAAUGUCUUCUCUCUAUCCUGUGUUCCCCCCUCCCCCAGUGGGACGUGAGGACAGGAGAGGUGGUUCAGGAGUACGACCGUCACCUGGGAGCGGUCAACACCAUCACGUUCGUGGAUGAGAACCGCCGUUUCGUCAGCACGUCUGACGACAAGUCCCUCCGCGUGUGGGAGUGGUAAGUGACAAACAAGAGACUGCUGAGCUUGUUACCUGCACUGACCCUACCAUUGUGUUGGCAUUGUAAUCAGCACCGUUAGUUAUGAGAUGGAGAGGAUUCAACAACAUUGUUGAUGAGUAGCAUCAUAGCAUCACUACUGGUAUUAUGCCUCAUUUGCAUAAUAUAGCUUGUUUGUACAUUGGAGCCAACAGUUUGUCCUGACAGUGUUCUAGAUGCCUUUCUGCAAACUGAACUCAUUGCCAAAGAGUGUUUCACAGGUAAUAAAGUGCAAAUGAGAGUGGAGGAGGAAUGUGUUUGGUUGAAUUGGGUUAGGGUGCUGCUAUGGGUGGCAGCUCAUGGGAUGUUCACUACUGUUGGAUUCCAUGAAGUCCCCUCUUCUUCUAGCUACGUGCCUAGCUUGUAAUGUCUAGAUGUUUAGAUGAUUUUUGUAGAAGAAGAAAAAAUGUUUUAGACCAGGGGUGUUGAACUCAUUUUGCCCCGGGGUCUUCAACGAGGUCCAGAGGGCCGUACUUAAAAUGUGUUAUAUUUCCAUGCUGUCCAUUUUUUCAACAAAUUGUCCUCUAUCCAUCAUUUUUUGCAUUUUCAAUGCUCACUGACUGUAGUGAUUAUUAGCAAGCUGGAAAGUCAAACUGUAUGAAUGUAGGUCCAUUGACUGUGCACAGAACAGGAGGUUGGUGGCAUCUUAAUUGGGGUUCGUGGUAAUGACUGAAGUGGAAUUUGUGGAAUGGCAUCAAAUACAUGAUGCCAUUCCAUUUGCUCUGUUCCGGCCAUUAUUAUGAGCCGUUCUCCCCUCCGCAGCCUCCUGUGGUGCACACUGAUAUUUUGUGAGCUGGACAGUCAAGAAUGUAUGAAUAUAGGUCAUUAUCAUUUCUACACAGUUUCGAUUUGGUUUUGGUCAUUUUAAAGGAUAUAGAGUUCGUUUCCCCUCAAGGGCCCCAUCCAGCCCGCUGUCCUGUCUUUCCACUCAACCGCCAAUCACCAAGCUCGUUAGAACGACUUGCAAAUUAGCUUGGUUCCCAUGGCAAUAAACAAACACUGGUGUGUUUACCACUAAGAUGAUAAAUAUUUAAGACCCGGUGACGAAGGAUGGACAUUUCACAGGGAUACUUAGAGGGACUGUUUUAUUAGAACACAGAUUCCACAAAAUACCCCCUUUUCCCAUCAGUUGUGAUUCUUUCUGUAAUAUCCGGUUAUUGUGUGUGUUUAAGCAGUAGGAUUGAAUGGUAGGGAGAGGGUGCCAGGGAUGCCAGCUGUGGGUUUAGUAGUGGAGUCUGGGGAGGGAGUGGGUUUGGUCGGGUCGGUGAGAAGGGAGUGAUAUGCACUCUUGCUAGUAUGCCUAAUGACUGCGUUUACACAGGCAGCCCAAUUCUGAUCUUUUUCCACUAAUUGGUCUUUUGACCAACCAGGUCAGCUCUUUUGACAAUAAUUGGGCAAAUCCACGUUUUUGGUCUCUGCCUUAAUUGAUUGGAGACACUGUACUUACACUUUUACGGUAAAAUGUGCUUGUUAGAGUGGAGUGUGGAACAUGCACACUCUUUGGCUUUGAGAGUGUUGAGUAUUUGAAUGGAUUGCACACUCAUUCAGGGUGCUCUCAGGGGCUUUGGGAGUGUAGUGGGGGAGCGAGAGGGGUUUGUUACAGUGAGGGGGAAAAAGUAUUUGAUCCCCUGCUGAUUUUGUACAUUUGCCCACUGACAAAGAAAUGAUCAGUCUAUAAUUUUAAUGGUAGGUUUAUUUGAACCGUGAGAGACAGAAUAACAACAAAAAAAUCCAGAAAAACGCAUUUCAAAAAUGUUAUGAAUUGAUUUGCAUUUUAAUGAGGGAAAUAAGUAUUUGACCCCUCUCAAUCAGAAAGAUUUCUGGCUCCCAGGUGUCUUUUAUACAGGUAACGAGCUGAGAUUAGGAGCACACUCUUAAAGGGAGUCCACAGAAGCAAUCAAUCAAUCAGAUUCCAAACUCUCCACCAUGGCCAAGACCAAAGAGCUCUCCAAGGAUGUCAGGGACAAGAUUGUAGACCUACACAAGGCUGGAAUGGGCUACAAGACCAUCGCCAAGCAGCUUGGUGAGAAGGUGACAACAGUUGGUGCGAUUAUUCACAAAUGGAAGAAACACAAAAGAACUGUCAAUCUUCCUCGGCCUGGGGCUCCAUGCAAUAUCUCACCUCGUGGAGUUGCAAUGAUCAUGAGAACGAUGAGGAAUCAGCCCAGAACUACACGGGAGGAUCUUGUCAAUGAUCUCAAGGCAGCUGGGACCAUAGUCACCAAGAAAACAAUUGGUAACACACUACGCCGUGAAGGACUGAAAUCCUGCAGCGCCCGCAAGGUCCCCCUGCUCAAGAAAGCACAUACAGUGGGGGAAAAAAGUAUUUAGUCAGCCACCAAUUGUGCAAGUUCUCCCACUUAAAAAGAUGAGAGGCCUGUAAUUUUCAUCAUAGGUAUACGUCAACUAUGACAGACAAAUUGAGAAAAAAAAAUCCAGAAAAUCCCAUUGUAGGAUUUUUAAUGAAUUUAUUUGCAAAUUAUGGUGGAAAAUAAGUAUUUGGUCACCUACAAACAAGCAAGAUUUCUGGCUCUCACAGACCUGUAACUUCUUCUUUAAGAGGCUCCUCUGUCCUCCACUCGUUACCUGUAUUAAUGGCACCUGUUUGAACUUGUUAUCAGUAUAAAAGACACCUGUCCACAACCUCAAACAGUCACACUCCAAACUCCACAAUGGCCAAGACCAAAGAGCUGUCAAAGGACACCAAAAACAAAAUUGUAGACCUGCACCAGGCUGGGAAGACUGAAUCUGCAAUAGGUAAGCAGCUUGGUUUGAAGAAAUCAACUGUGGGAGCAAUUAUUAGGAAAUGGAAGACAUACAAGACCACUGAUAAUCUCCCUCGAUCUGGGGCUCCACGCAAGAUCUCACCCCGUGGGGUCAAAAUGAUCACAAGAACGGUGAGCAAAAAUCCCAGAACCACACGGGGGGACCUAGUGAAUGACCUGCAGAGAGCUGGGACCAAAGUAACAAAGCCUACCAUCAGUAACACACUACGCCGCCAGGGACUCAAAUCCUGCAGUGCGAGUCGUGUCCCCCUGCUUAAGCCAGUACAUGUCCAGGCCCGUCUGAAGUGCAUUUGGAUGAUCCAGAAGAGGAUUGGGAGAAUGUCAGAUGAAACCAAAAUAGAACUUUUUGGUAAAAACUCAACUCGUCAUAUUUGGAGGACAAAGAAUGCUGAGUUGCAUCCAAAGAACACCAUACCUACUGUGAAGCAUGGGGUUGGAAACAUCAUGCUUUGGGGCUGUUUUCCUGCAAAAGGGACCAGGACGACUGAUCCGUGUAAAGGAAAGAAUGAAUGGGGCCAUGUAUCGUGAGAUUUUGAGUGAAAACCCUCCUUCCAUCAGCAAGGGCAUUGAAGAUGAAACGUGGCUGGGUCUUUCAGCAUGACAAUGAUCCCAAACACACCGCCCGGGCAACGAAGGAGUGGCUUCGUAAGAAGCAUUUCAAGGUCCUGGAGUGGCCUAGCCAGUCUCCAGAUCUCAACCCCAUAGAAAAUCUUUGGAGGGAGUUGAAAGUCUGUGUUGCCCAGCGACAGCCCCAAAACAUCACUGCUCUAGAGGAGAUCUGCAUGGAGGAAUGGGCCAAAAUACCAGCAACAGUGUGUGAAAACCUUGUGAAGACUUACAGAAAACGUUUGACCUGUGUCAUUGCCAACAAAGGGUAUAUAACAAAGUAUUGAGAAACUUUUGUUAUUGACCAAAUACUUAUUUUCCACCAUCAUAUGCCAAUAAAUUCAUUAAAAAUCCUACAAUGUGAUUUUCUAGAUUUUUUUUCUCAUUUUGUCUGUGAUAGUUGACGUGUACCUAUGAUGAAAAUUACAGGCCUCUCUCAUCUUUUUAAGUGGGAGAACUUGCACAAUUGGUGGCUGACUAAAUACUUUUUUUCCCCCACUGUAUACAGGGCCAUCUGAAGUUUGCCAAUGAACAUCUGAAUGAUUCAGAGGAGAACUGGGUGAAAGUGUUGUGGUCAGAUGAGACCAAAAUGGAGCUCUUUGGCAUCAACUCGACUCGCCGUGUUUGGAGGAGGAGGAUUGCUGCCUAUGACCCCAAGAACACCAUCCCCACCGUCAAACAUGGAGGUGGAAACAUUAUGCUUUGGGGGUGUUUUUCUGCUAAGGGGACAUGACAACUUCACCGCAUCAAAGGGACGAUGGACGGGGCAAUGUAUCGUCAAAUCUUGGGUGAGAACCUCCUUCCCUCAGCCAGGGCAUUGAAAAUGGGUUGUGGAUGGGUAUUCCAGCAUGACAAUGACCCAAAACACACGGCCAAGGCAACAAAGGAGUGGCUCAAGAAGAAGCACAUUAAGGUCCUGGAGUGGCCUAGCCAGUCUCCAGACCUUAAUCCCAUAGAAAAUCUGUGGAGGGAGCUGAAGGUUUGAGUUGCCAAACGUCAGCCUCGAAACCUUAAUGACUUGGAGAAGAUCUGCAAAGAGGAGUGAGACAAAAUCCCUCCUGAGAUGUGUGCAAACCUGGUGGCCAACUACAAGAAACGUCUGACCUCUGUGAUUGCCAACAAGGGUUUUGCCACCAAGUACUAAGUCAUGUUUUGCAGAGGGGUCAAAUACUUAUUUCCCUCAUUAAAAUGCAAAUCAAUUUCUAACAUUUUUGACAUGCGUUUUUCUGGAUUUUGUUGUUGUUAUUCUGUCUCUCACUGUUCAAAUAAGCCUACCAUUUAAAUUAUAGACUGAUCAUGUCUUUGUCAGUGGGCAAACUUACAAAAUCAGCAGGGAAUCAAAUACCUUUUUCCCUCACUGUAUGGUGGAGAGAAUAACCUUUACUGCCCCCCUGUGUCUCCCCUGGAUACCACCUGGUUGGCUCUGGGCCCCCCCUCUCCCCAGCUCAGCUGAAUUAGGCAGAAAUAAACAUGGAGUCACAUAUCACUGACAUGGCGAUAGAGGGGUAAGUUGAAUAUAGUGUGAAUUUGGGACAUAUUGAAAUGAAAACGAUUACAUGGACAGGGGGGACCUGAUCCUAGAUCAGCAGUCCUAUUCUGAGAGAAGCUGUUAAUGUGGAUUAGGACUGACUGGGGGCAGGUUAGGGUCUUCAGGAACACAACUUCACCUGAAAGUUUAUGGGCUUUAUUAACAAAACACACUGGGAUGAAAUCGCAGCAGUCCACUCCAAACUGGUGGUGUUAUUCGUAUCCUCCUUGUUCUCUCUUUAUCUCUUUCCCAGCCACGCAGACACAUUGAGAGCAGAGUUAUUUUUGGAGCUCUGAGAGGAGAUUUUACGUGUUUUUCUUGUGUUCAGAGAUUUAGUUUGGCCUGACUUCUCUGCUGUGGACAUCAGCCAGGGCUCGCUCAGGGGGACAUUUUGGGUUGCGUGUGUGUGUGCACACAUGCUCUACAUUUUAUAUGUAUUCAGGAUCAUAGACAGUUGUUAACUCAUGCUUUGUGAGUUAUUUUUCUGUUGUUCACCCUGGUUUGAAAAUGGCUGUCCUGUUCCUUUUUGGCCCUGGUUUGGUGUUGGGUGGAGAUAGGCUUAGCUGCUGUUUAUGGGAUAGAACUGUGCAGCACUGCUACUCUAAACGAGUCCAGCUGUGUGUUAUCUGAGAGCGGGAGAGGGGAGGGAUGGAUGGAAGAGGGAGCGAGAGAGAGAUGGCCUCAGUCCAGAUAGACAGCCUCCCACUGAGUGAGCAGUCUCAAACCCGACCAAACCCAAACAAUUUUUUUCCCUUAUUGAAGUUUCCAAAAGUCUGUCAUUGAAAUCAGACCCUAGUCACUGUUGCUGCCUAGAGUCGGGCUUUCGAGACUACUGAGGGAGGGGAGAGGAGGAUCAAGUCAACGUGCACACACACACACACACACACGGCAUUAGUCACAGUCAUAGACAAUCUGCAGCCUGCCACAGGGGUCGGUGUCUGUCACACACACAAAUAAACCUUAGACUGCCUGCUGCUCUGCUGUCGCAGGCAGGUGGGACAGGACCAUAGAGUUGGAUGAUGCUGGGCAGACCCUAGAACAACAUGCAUAACAUCCCUCCAUUUCACUCUCACACUCUGCGAGCGGAGGGUUGAGAAAGUAGAGAUGGAGAAAGAGAAAACGGGGAGAGCAGGGAAAGAGAGAGGGAACGAGUAGAUCUAAUUGGACGCUAGCGUUUAAGCAAACAUGGCUAGGAAAUCCAUACCAUUUACAUAUCUGUAAUGCCAACACUGUCUGGAUCCUAGCUGUACUGUCAGUGUUAUAAUUUGGAUCUCUGCUAGAAUCAUGUCCUGCUAAGACAAGCUCAAGCUGCAUGGCAUGACUUUGUGAAUGUUUCCAACCUGAGAGCAUUGCUGCUAGUUGUCAAUACUCAUGCCAGUAAUGUCAUGGUGGACCGUACUUGACCAUACUCUAACCAAUUUGUGACCGUGCUAUGUUUUACAGGGACAUUCCCGUGGACUUCAAGUACAUCGCAGAGCCCAGUAUGCACUCUAUGCCUGCUGUAACACUCUCACCCAAUGGUGAGUGGAGACACACACACACACACACACACACACACACACACACACACACACACACACAGAGAUUGACUGGUGUACAUAUUCUGGCACUUAGCUUUUUAUUUGUCCCAUUCCCCCCUUCAUACACCUCCACCCCUCUCCCCUAUCCUCACGUCCCCCAUAUCUUUCUCUGAGCUGUUCAUAUUUGACCUGACAUGGAUUGUUUCUCUUUAGUCUAAAUAAUGGAUGAACUCUCACUGGGAGAGCAGACCACUCCACUCUGUCCCCCACAGCUACACUCCUAAAUGGCAGCAUGGCAGCAGCCCUAGCUGGGACUGGAGCCUUUCGUCUUCUUAUCCUUGUUAUUUUCUCUCCACUUUAACAAAAGAGAUCUGAGGUCAGAGCAGUCGGGCGAAAUUGACCCAGUUGUUUUCAUCCGUUUAAUGGCAUCCUUUUAUGUGGGUUUGGUAAGGAGGACACACACACAGUGGAACACACACACACGCACAGCCAAACACACAUGAUUCAUUUCCAUCAUGUUUCUUUUCAAGAAGUGCAGUGAUUCGUGAAAUGCUUUGGCACGGCUGCCCAACCAGCAUCUUUGUUACUGAGUCCCAGUGUCUGAGGAGAGAGACUGGAGGGUUUCUAGCUAACUGAACGUCUGUGAGGUUGACGUCAAAGUUAUCCCAAAUGGCACCCUAUUCACUAUGCAGUGCACUACUUUUGAACAUGGCCCAAAGUAGUACACUAUAUAGGGAAUUAGGGUGCCAUUUGGGACGUUGCCCAAGUCGGCGUUCGGUCUUCAUGUUUUCCAAAGGGAAGGCUUUCAUCUUUCUCAAGUGGUUAGGAAAAAGAGCUGCCAGUGCAGUCUUCUGGGGUGGUCCACUCAUACAGACCAUGAUAACUAGCAUUUUCUUUAGCUCAACCAACCUGGCUUGUUUGACACGCUCAGUCUGCCUGGGAUAGAUUUGUAUGAUUUUAUUUCUAGAGAGUUGUAUCCCUUUCCUAACAAAACUGAGCUCCUCAUGCAUUAGCUGCUUUUCACACUCUGAAAAAGGUUGAACAGAAACAUGUUGUUUGGAAAUACCUUGGCCCAGACCCACUUCUCACUGGAGAAGUCCUGACCUGGGCUCAACACCUACCAUCAGCAAGCUCGAACUAAAACUGCACUCUGAAGAACUCUAAAUCAAACCGUUUUUCUAAAUGUUAUUGUAUUUUCUCCCCUCGUAGGUAAGUGGCUGGCCUGCCAGUCCAUGGACAACCAGAUCCUGAUCUUUGGAGCCCAGAACCGUUUCCGUCUGAACAAGAAGAAGAUCUUCAAGGGCCACAUGGUGGCUGGCUACGCAUGCCAGGUGGACUUCUCCCCAGACAUGAGGUAAGACAACAGAGUCCCAUUCAUUAGAGCACACCAUUGCAAACAGUAGCAAAACAUUUUGCAACGAAACAAAUGUUUCUUAUUGGACAAAUCCAGGUAGUCCCUCACCGUUUUCUUCAAUUUGAUUUCUAAUGAAUAUGACCCAGGGCUUCAUGGGUCAGAUGUUCAGUGACAUCGCCCCCUACAGGUUCACCUGGUGUUUGUCUAAAUGGGAUAGGUAACACAGCAAUGGUCCUAGCAUGUUUUCAAUUAGAGGAUUUUUUUGUUUUCCAUUUUAAAAUGUACCUGGAAUCAACCCGUUUUGAAGGGAGGAAUAUUACAAACUUCAGGGAGAGAUAGGGAAAAGGAGAGAGAAACAUUCCCCAAACAGGUAAUAUUCUGUUUAUCCAGAAACAGACAGAUCAGUACACUCACCUCUACUUCCCUCUCUAAAACAAGUCCUUCAGUCAUUGAGUGUUUCUGAGGAUAUCCUGUACUUAGAGCCUAAUAUACACCCCUCCAGGAGAGAGCUAACCAGGCCACCUACCUCAUUUUAGCACAAACCCCAAUUAAGAACCCCCUCACCCUCCCCGUGUUGCCCCCACCCUUCCCCGUGCCGCAUCGCUCACCCCUAUCAGCAGGUGCCUUCACUUCUCUCUUAGUAACCAUGGAAACAGCAAGUACCCCCCCCCCCCCCCCCCUUUCGAGCAGAGACCCAAAUUCACACAACCUCUUAGGUAUAAUGGAACAGGAGACAUUUAUAGCAGGGAGCCUAACCUCUAUCUCUCUCCUCCCUUCUCUCUCUCCUUCUCUCUCUCUCUCUCUUGUAGCUAUGUGGUGUCUGGCGAUGCGGAUGGGAAGCUGAAUAUCUGGGACUGGAAGACCACCAAGCUGUAUCACCGGAUCAAGGCCCACGACAAGGUGUGCAUCAGCGCCCUGUGGCAUCCGCACGAGACUUCCAAGGUCAUCACCUGUGGCUGGGACGGACAGAUCAAACUCUGGGACUAGAAACAUGGGGGUGGGGGGCAAGAGUGAGUGGUGCAGAGGGACUCCCUCUCUUUGGGGGGAGAGGUGGUGGUCUUUCUGUCAUGUAUUUUACAUCAUUUAAUGGCAGUCUAAAAGCCAUAGGGCUGGUAUCCAGUCCUGUUGUAACUCAGUGUAUAUUUCUACCCCAUCUCAAGAGGGGACACUGGUGGAUUGAACUGUUGAUGUUGACAAAGAGCUUUAUACACACAGAGAUAAUGAUUCACACAUACUCACCCACAGUGUGUUAGUUGUAUUUGGAGGGUUUACAUCUUUAGUUUCAUGUUUAAAUGUUUCUGUUUUAAUCAGUGAUGUCAGUAUCAUCCACACACAAUAAUCCUGGAAAAUAUUGUUUUCCUUAUUUUGUAAACCAUUUUUUAAAUAUAUGACUGUCCCAAUGUGAAAUGAGAUUAAACAUUUUGUACAUUUUGCCUGUCAAGAAAACGCUUGUCAUUGGUUAAGUUGUUUUCAUACUUUCGUCAUUUGCCUUUGAAGGUCAGAUUUUCCAAAGUGUAUUUUCUCUUUAGUAACAGUUCCCUUAUCACCAUUAAAU